AUGUACACACUGGACGGGCAUUCGAAGUCGAUUUUGCUCGAGAAUCUGACCAACGGAAUCGCUGUCGACUACGACGUACGCACGAGCCUCGUCUACUGGACGGACGUCGACAAAAGCGGCAACAAAUUCGGCGUCGUUUCCAUGAGUGGAGAGCCCCACAGCUACAAGGUUUUCUUUUUAGAAAAUUAGGCCUUUUUCAGUAUUUUUUACUUUGGUUAAAGGUUGGACUGAGAGCUCUGCUUCGUGAAGUUUUAAAAAUCAUUCAAAUCAAAAUAAUUUUUUUUCGAAUUCUUAUUGUACCACUAAGCUCAAUUUUCUUUGGCUAUAGUAUCCAAGCUUGUUUUUUACUCCCUUAAUCUAGAAAGAAGAUUUUGAACGGUUCUUUUCGAGGUUUUGAACGGCCUUCCCACGAAAGGCGUCGACGGCAUCGCAGUCGAUUGGAUCGGCCGUAACGUCUACUACACGGACCGACAGCAAGACUGCAUCGCGGUAAUUUUUCUAACCGUUUCGAAAGCUUCCAAGUAUUCUGAGUACAUGGGUUAUAACUUUUGGGGCGCACCGUAGCGCAAUAGGUUGUGUGCCUGUCUAUGGUCCACAGGGUCACAAGUUCGAUCCCUGCCUCGACCCAAGGGGUUUAAGAAAUUUCGGUAGUGGGAAACCAAGACUUCUAAAAUCCCCAGCUGUCACGCACUAGGACAGAAAUAGCCGAUUCACGACCGAGGGCGUGGCCUGUCUGCGCUCUCCACCUGCCAGGCACUAUCUCCUUUAUUAUCGUGUUAGGACCCUUUUUCGAUAGCUCGAGCCACCCGUGUAUCAGCAAUAUGUCACUAGAGCCAGUCCACUUAUUAUCACUGAUAUCAGGAUGGGAUUUUGGUUAACCGAUGUGAAGCGCCGACCAUACAUGGGCAGACCUUUUUUAAGGCCGCCAACCCCUUUUCCCAAGUUUCUCUGAAUGAAAGUUAAUACUACCUUCCUGGGGUUAGAACUUGCAUCACUGUGGCCGAAAAUCCAUGGCGCCGACACCGCUCAAGUGGUACAAAGGCUUAGGAAGAAGAAGAUUUUUUUAUCACUCUUGUCAGAUCAAUAAAUUCAUUCACUAGGGUUCUAUGUUGCAGGUCUGCGACAUGAAAGGACGUUACAGCAGGGUGCUUCUCAAAGGAUCGCCUCUGAACGAUCCGCGUGCCGUCGCGUUGGAUCCUUCUCGAGGGUAUUCUGAAAACUGAAACAUUUCAUCCUGUUCCCUUUCAGCCUUCUAUUUUGGACUGACUGGGGAACAUCGGCUCACGUCGGCUGCAUGUCAAUGGACGGCACGAAUUUCCGCGUCAUCCUUCAGGUUUCCCUUUUUUUUCUCCUCAAUCUUGGCACUCUUAUCCUUGAUUUCUUGGAAGUUAAAAACUGGGCUUUGAGGUAGAAAAAAAAAACCCUCCUGUCUGCUAAAAAUAUCGGAAUGAGUUCUGGUUUCUGACUAUUGUCAUGUCCAGGAUCGUACAAUUCGUUGGCCAAAUGCCCUGGCGGUGGACGCGAUGGCGCUCCGUCUCUACUUCGGCGACGCCAACCGCGACUACAUCGGCUCGUGCGAUUACGACGGCUCUCGUCGGCGAAUCGUGAUGAGAAACGUCCGCCACAUCUUCUCCAUGUUCGUGUUCGACGACUACCUUUAUUGGUCCGACUGGCAUAAUCACACCGUCGAGAGGUACAAGAAACGAUCCAAUUCCAUCCCUUUUCCUGGUCCCAGGGCGCACAAGAUCACAGCUGAGAACCGAAAAGUCAUCAUCCACGAUGAGCAAUACCGUAUAAUGGGCCUCAAAGUUGUUCAUCCAGGACUUCAAAGCUUCGGAAGUCGCUCCGUCGCCAAUCAUCCAUGCUCCAAGCCGGGCCGUUGCGACAAUCUCUGCAUCCCUACCUCGAAACGGUAUUUCCUACAAAACUGCAGUGCGAACUUCAGCGAUUUCAGAGAACUUCACCUGUCUCUGCGCCCAAGGCUUCCGACCAGAAGGUCGUUCUUGCGUGUCUGAGUGCAAGCCGUCAGUUUUUUUUCGUUUUCUCGAAGCUAAACAUGCGUUUUUUUCAGUGACAUUUAAAUUUCAGUUGAAAAAUUGCCAUAGAAGGUCUUAUGAAAAGAAAAGCACUUUUUAAAGCUGUUUUUUUUUUAAACAAUCGUUGUUUUUUGUUAAACAAAUUCAAUCUUUUUGGAAAUUUAGGGAAGUUUUUGAGAAUAGAUUUAUCAAUCGUCGAGAUGUUUUUGAACUACUUAGGAAUUCCAGAGUGGUCCCUGAAGGGGUUAGGGAGAAAACAACCCUAUAUGGACCGAAAAAGGGGUCCCUAUAGGGGUAACAUCAAGGUGGUUCCUAUAGGGGUUUAGGAUCAGAUCUCCUGGCCCCUGAAGCUCAAGUGGUCCCUAUAGGGGUCGUUCAGUUUGAUUCGAAAAAAAUUUAUUUUUUAUGGAAAUGCUUCUUCGCAUAGAGUUCAAAAACCCCUCAAGGGACUAUAAUUGCAAGCCCCAGGGGCCCCUAUAGGAGUUGGUGAAGUGGUUCCCAAAGGGGACCCUCCAAGGACCCUAAGGUUACCCCUAUGGGACCACUCUGGAGUUCCUGAGUAAGCACUUUGAAUAUCCUGUAUCAUGAAACAGGAUUUCGAAAAAUUCUUGAGAAUUUUUUCAUUUCACGAAAAUGCUUUUUGAACUGCUCUGAAGUUGGAAGUUUCCGCGAACGUCCUCUUUGAAUCAAUUUGAUUUGUUGUCAGGCUGGACUUUGUCUGUCGAGACACCUACAAAUGCAUCCCGCAGUGGUGGCGGUGCGACGGUCAGGACGACUGCGGCGACGGACAAGACGAGGGAUUCUUCAACCCCAACGUGUGCCCGCCUUUCCCCUGCGAGUCUGGACAGUUCCUCUGCGCGGCGACCUCUGCUGCCAACCACACUCGCGUCUGUCUCUACGCUUCGAGGCUCUGCGACGGCGUCAGCGACUGUCCUGGCAACGACGACGAGAAACCCGCCUUCUGUGGUACUUUUGAAGAUAAAAUGCUUGCCAAAUAUAUAAUUCGUAAACUUGAAAGAAAGAACAGUGUAAAAGUCAUAACUAAAGUCAGAGAGGGUGGCUCAUAGAAAUGCGUUUUUUAGGGUGACAAAGGUCUCUUUUUGCUGCCUCUCCCUUUUUUCACCAUUUCUUGAGCCUUUAAAAUCCCAGAAAAAAUGGAAGGCUUGAUAAAGGGACUCUUUUUGCUGCCUUUUUUGAUCCUCUAACUUUUAGCGACCAUCAUCUACCGUUCCAACUUUGCCCAAGUAGACAAAUGAGCUGCAAAAAUUUGUUUUUUUGUCUCAAAUUGAAAAAAAUUGUAACAUAUUAGUUUUUGAAAGCUCUCAACUCGAACUGGUUGAGUAUUCAAAAAGAAAAUUUUUUUUUGAACUUUCCCUAUAAGGAUGUUUAGUGAACUAAAACUAUAUGAAAAUUAUUUUUCCUUUUUCAAAUCUAAUCAGUGUGGUAACGUCUAAUGGUAAGAAACUCUGAAUUCUCAUCAUGGUUUUGGAUUUCAAUUCUGACCCAGACUACAAAAAAUUCAUUCUGAGAAAUUCCAGAGCAAUUCGACUGUGGAGACGGCCAUUUCAAGUGCGGGAACAAGCGCAAAAUGCAUUUCCAUUUCUGCGGUUUGCGACGGACGAGACGAUUGUGGCGAUGGAAGCGACGAGCGUGAAUGUGGCAAGUUUUAAUUUGGGCCUUUUAUUGGUGGAAAAAUGCAAUAUAAAGAAAGCUUCUUAGGCUUAUGCAGUAUAAAGUUCUAUAAUUUCUAGUUUUUAAGAAACCCAUAUAGAAUGCUGUAGGUAGAAAUUCACUAAAAGGAUGCCUCUUAAAAAAAAGUUUAGAAAUCAAAGACUGUGGAGCGGGAUUCUUCGCAUGUUUGAAUGACACGUCGAGCACCAUCGACCGCUGUAUCCCCAACGAAUUCUUCUGCGACGGCGAAGCUGACUGCCCCAGCGGCCAGGACGAGCCGGACACCUGCGGUAAUGCCCCAAUCGACCUUCCCAAGCAUUCUUUGUUUAUAGCGAUGAAAACGUGCACGCAGCAGCAGUUCCAGUGCGACAGCGGGAAAUGCAUAGCUCAACAUCGUCGCUGCGACGGCGUCCACGAUUGUCGGGACGGCAGCGACGAGAUCGGUGAGAAGCGUCGCGUGGUGGAAAACGCAGAUCUUUUCAGAGUGCGCGGGUUCCUGUCUGUUAAAGUGCCGUUCGGAGUGCAUCAUGGAGGAAGACUUGUGCGACGGCAAGAACGACUGCGGAGACGGCACCGACGAGUCUCAAGAAGCUUGCGUCCUUCGACGUCUGGCCACGGCCAAAGGCGGGAAAGAUGUGUUCGACACGGCCUGUCUACGACUCCGCUGUGAUGGCAAGAAGGACUGUCUGAACGGAGAAGAUGAGAUGGACUGCCAACCGAUCGGCGAGUCUUUUCCGAGUGCUUUCUCACUCGAACGGUUUCAGAUUGCUCUGGAAAGUUGCAAUGUGCGGAUGAGCGCAGUUGCGUCGCUGCGAACUUGCUCUGUAAUGGAGAAUCGGACUGCGCCGACGGAAGCGACGAAAGAUUUUGUGGUCAGUUGAAACCUCAUCAUGAGAAAUUUUUGGAUCUAAAAAAGCUUUUUUGUUUAUCAAACUCAAAAAAGUGUCCCACAAUAUAUAGCUGAUUCACGGCUGACUUGAGCCAUUCAAAAAAAUGUCCUGACAUGAUAAUAAAAGAAACAGUGGUUGGUUGGUGGAGAGCUCAGAGACGCCACGCCCCCUCAGCGUCUCAAUUUAGCAGAAUUGGCAAUUUGCGAAUAUAAUUUUUAAACGUAAAAAUUAGAGAAAGAAUAUCGAAAAAUAUUCCUCGAAUAAGAUUAAAAACAGCCAAGUUUUUUUAAUUGUACCUGAUCCAUACCUGGAAUGAGGCCGAAAAGGUGCUGGUUAGAUUUAUAUUCAUAUGAAGUUUGAAUUUUCGAUUCUCGUAGUUUUUUCAUGAGCCUCUCUAUUCACUUUUUUUUUAGAAAAGAAAGAAAGUGGCUUUUUCUGUGGACGAAGUUCGCUGAUGGACAAGAAUCAAUGGAUCGAGGAGUAUUUCGUGUGCGACGGAAUUCGGCAUUGUCUCAAUGGCGCAGAUGAGUCGAACGUCACUUGUUCUAAUCGUAAGAAAGUUGACCUCGGCCUUCGAAAGUUGUUCGUAGGACGUCUGAAAUGCCUUCACCUGGCGGCGUGCGAGGAUAAGAACCAAUGCUACGACUUGGCUGCACACUGUGACGGUUUUUCCGACUGCGUAGAUGGAAGCGACGAACAUCCACAGCGGUGUGAGUACCACAACCAAGCUCAAGCUCCGCCCCUUACGCUUAGACCAAACCAAUCAUAGAGCGAGCCAUCUACAGAGUGUUGAUGGGGGCGGAGUUUGCUGCUUGACAUUUAAAAUCUGAACAGACUAUUAAUUCAAGUCUAGAGGGUGAUAAGAAUAUUCAGGCGAAGGGUCGUGUCGUGACGGGUUUCGCUGCACGAACGGCCGUUGUAUCUCGAAGGACCUCGUCUGCGAUGGACGCCGUGACUGUUCGGACGGGAGCGACGAAGAAGCGUGUGGUAUCGCCCCAGAAGAUCCCUUCUUGAGACAGACUCUAACCCUAGGGGAAAUGUGCCAGCACUUCGGCGUCUGCUCUCAGCGUUGUUGGCGCGACUACAAGGAUGCUCCUCGUUGCCAUUGCACCCGCGGAUACACCCGAGGACGGCAUCCUUCCAAUUCUUGUGUUCCUAGUGAGUCCUAUAAGUUUAACCCCUGUCAAACACAUCGAACGCAGUGAGCAACUUCACCGAGUUCCUGGUCCUCAAUGGAGAUGGUCUGAACUGGCUUGUCUCACUUGAUGGCGACGUCACAAACGGCGCCAAGGUCAGCACUCAUCCUUUUCUGAUUCAAGCUUCUCGAUCUCAGUUGAAAAGAAUGGAGAAAAUCUGGAAAGAAAACGCAAUCAGCGCGUUCGAUUUCUUCUUCGACGCCACCAAAAAGACGCAACUGACGGUCGCCAGCAGCACGAGCGACGGUUUGAAAGUUGAAAUGGUCGAGGUGGAGAGCAGCUCAAAAAAAGCUAUUCAAAAAGUUGUAACAGUCCCUUUGUUCCAUUCUUCAAAGAGGUUCUUUAGGCUAACCUGUUCAUGGAAACUUACAUGGCUCUGGAUUACGUGUAUGGCAACGUCUACGUCAGCCAGUCUGAUAGUCACAAGUUUUUCCACCCGACUGAUCCCCAACACUGUGUUUUGACUGCAGAAGCCCCUAUGACAUCAUUUUCGCCGUGAACUAUCGAGAAAAUUCUCAGCCAGUGCGGACGGUAGUUGUCAAUGCAACAGGAAGAAUUUCGGCUCUGACAGUGGCACCUGAGUACAAGUCUGUCCUUUUUAGCCAAUCCUUUUCACUGAAGCAAACGUUUCAGUCGUCUUUUCUGGUCCGUGACUACGCCUGUUGCUCUGAUCUACUCGACGCAACUCGAUGGAUCUCCAGUGCAAGGGAAGAUCUCUCCAAUUAUAGAUCGCCGUGUCUUCCAACCGAAAUCUCUGAUCGCAGACGUUCCUAACGAGUGAGUGAAGAAAACGGCGAAGGAACACAUAAUCUGUUCAGACGAAUUUAUUGGAUCGAUACCUUCAAAAGAACUAUCGAAUCGUCACUGUUUGAUGGGAAGAACCGUAGGGUUGUCAAAAAGUUCAAAAGAUCCGAAGGUUUCCAACCUCCUAAUCUUGAUCAUUUUGCAAGGUUUUUUCAGCCAUGCCGACGUCGAUAGACGUCCUCGGCGACUUUCUCUACGCCGUUGAUGUCCACGGUUCCCUGCUCAGGAUCCACAAGUUCACAGCGGAAAUCUCGAGUAUCCAAAGACUGCUCAGAAGCUCGCCGUUUGCCCUACUCAAAGUGGUCAAUCCAGCAAAAAGAUUCGGUUGGUCUAUGAGUCAUAUACUGACAAGUUCAAGAACUACGUCUAGGAAAUUCAUUUUUAACAAUUUUUAUUGCCUUAUUUCCAGAAAAUGCCUGAAAAAGUACAUAAAAAUGAAAAAUUUUCUGUGAUCAUUUGAAAAAAAAACUCUGGAGAAGUUUAAAAAUUUUGGGCAAAGUCGGGAAUGAUGGAUAUAGUCAGUUUAGAUUUUGAAUCGUCGCUCAAGCUCCGCCCCUAAUGGCGCGAUAAACCAAUCAGAGAGCGAGCCAUCCACAGAGUGUUCUUGAAUGACGUCAUAGCACUUGACAUUAAAAAUCUGAACGGACUAUAAUGGCCGCAAUAAGGCAGCAAAAAGAGUCCCCUUAUCCCAUUUUUUCUGGGAUUUUAAAGGCUCAAGAAAUGGUGGAAAGAGGCAGCAAAAAUGGUGAAAAAAGGCAGGAACCUUCGUCACCCUAAAAUUAACAUUUUUAUGGAGCCUUUUUCCACCCUUUCCAACUUUGCCGGUGUGGUCGCGUUAGAAAUAUUGCUCGCUUGUUUCCUCUAAGCAGCUGUGAAAAUUUUCAGCAGCGAAAAGCGUUAUCGGCGCUGGAGGCGAGAAGCCGUGCAAGGAAAAAGCCUGUCCGACGGGAUCCGUCUGCAUUCCGUCGAGAAGUCCCGACGGCGUCCUCCGAUCCCAGUGCCGCUGCGAGAUGCACAAGAAGUACGACGAAGCCGCCAAGUCCUGCAAACUCAUCGUUCCAGAGCCCAAAAUGGCAGAUCGUUCGUGUUUCUCAAGAGAAUUGUCUGCCAAUUUUUAACUUUGCAGAGUGUUUCGAUUAUUUCUGCUACAACGGUGCUUACUGCAACAAAUGGCUGAAGAAAUGUCAUUGUAGGCCCGGAUUCGGCGGCCGUUUCUGUGAGGUAUUAAAAAAGUGUUUUCGUUCAAAGUUUGGAUUGUCUUGUGAAACAUUCAGUUUUCUCACCCGUUUGAAUUUCAAAGUACCUAGGACAAAGGUAACGCGAAACGGACGUGCUCCGAACGUUUCUAGGCAUUUCUAGGAUCACUUAAGAGUGCUGACGCUACUGAAGUGGUCACUAGAAAUGCCCAGAAAAGUCUGAAGCACGUUCGUUUCGCGUUAGCAAUGUCCGAGUAUGUAAGAGAAAAUUGAAAACGAUAUUUAAAUAAAAAUAAAAAGAGAAUUGAUAAUUUGUGUUGAGAUCGAAGUUUGCAAAGACACGUGUCUGAACGGCGCUGAAUGCGUGGUCGGCAACGGGAACGAGGAGAUUUCUGUGAAGUGCCAAUGUCCCGGCAACUACACGGGCUCGCGUUGCGAGACUCACGUGUGCGACGUCGUUUGUGGUCCUCACGGGACUUGUCGGACAGCUCCUUGUCUUGCCGGUUUUUCCUCUCCGAGCCAUUGGUCAAUGAGCCCACAUUUUCAGGUCUUUCUUCGAAAUGUCCGGUGAAAACGGCCUGUGUCUGCGAUGAGGGCUGGACAGGUCCUUCUUGUCUGGAAAAGGUCGGAAACGACUGCGCGAAGCCGGGGUACUGCUUCAACGGCGGCGAAUGCACCCGCGGAUACGGAAGCUCGCAAGACUCGCAACAGGUCUGGUGCGCGUGCCCACGUGGAUUCUCCGGAGGCCGCUGCGAAGACUGCAACAAGUCCAACGGCGUCUUGCUGCGCUGCCUCAACGGAGGUCACUGCGUCGACCGCCAGCGCUGCGUCUGUCCGCCUGGCUUCGACGGUCCCAACUGCGAAGUCAACAUCUGCGACGGUUAUUUUGGAGAGAAAUAAUUUCUCAGCUUGCGUUUCAGGAGCCUGUCCCUACGGUCACAGAUGCAUUCCAGGCGGCAAAGACUUCUAAAGACGUCACUUGCCUCUGCACCCCGACCGCAGGUAUCAGAAACAAUCAGCCUACGAAUCAAGUGCCUUUCUUUAAGAUGCUUCGAAUCGAGACUGUCGCCCGAUAUGUCAGAAGCGCCCCGACUGGUGUCAGAAUGGUGGAAGAUGCGUGGAUUCCCUCGGAAAUCCUGGAAGCUGUCGUUGUCCUUCGCGAUUCUCGUAAGUGCGAACAAUGAAAUGAAUUCUAUGGUAGUUUUAUUCUUCGGGUCCAUGACUACCCAUAUACUAGAGCACGAUGAACCGAAAAAAAAUCUAACUUCAGAGGCCCGCGCUGCCAGAAAGAAGUGGAAUGCUCGGAGUACUGCUUGAACGGCGGCGAGUGCUCGAAGAACGCGACGCACCUCGAGUGCCGCUGUCGCAGUGGCUACCUGGGCCCACGCUGCGAACAGUACGGAGGCUGCGACGCCGGCGCCUGUCUCAACGGCGGAGUCUGUUCCCGGCUCGACAACGGCAGUGCCGUCUGCAGUUGUCCGGUCGGCGUCGGCGGCGAUCGGUCAGAUCUAUUUCUUAUCACAUAUUUAAUGGCUCUCUUCAAAUCAUCAUUUAUUUUGUUGGUUUAGUCAUAGAUGUAUCGACUAGGCGGUGAACAAGAACUUUAAAAGCUAUAACGAACAACCGCCUUUGGCGAACUAGAAGUCCAAACGUGUAGUCGAAAGAGUUGAAAGCAUGUUCUUACGGUCCUUCGCCUCGUCCUUCUGCGCGUAGUCCAUCCAGUUGCGCCUUGACGAGCUCAGAAUGUAGCGGAUGUUGUGCUGGAGCCCGGAGACCGUGCUCUAGGUGGAAGCCUCGGAAUGAGAGCUACCACUUCGAGUGAAGAUUUUACACGGAAUGAAGAUUUUACACGGAAUCUUGAAAUAUUUUUAUUGAUAGAAAUCUGUGAGUUUAUAUAAAGCCCUAAAGUCGCUACGGCAAGAGCGUUUUUUUAUUUGCACAGAGUACUGUAUGCGAAUUUGCGCAUUGCGUGCAUGAACUUUGUGGAUUUACAGUCUCCGCGUCAUCUACGAGUUUUUGUUUCUGAACUUUUUUUUCGGUUUUUUGAGGAUAGUGCAAAUAUCGUCGAAAAAAAAAAUGCAAAGCUCACAGUUAACUACUAGUUGUACGACGCGGUGAAGUCACGCAACGAGAGUGUAAACACACAAACUGCAUGCACGGAUAUUCGCAUACAGUACUCUUCGCAAUGGAAAAAUGGCUCUUGUCGGAACGCUGCUCGGCAUUCUUAAGGGGGUAAGAGAAGGUGAGCGAGGCGUCAAGAUUUCUGAAUUUACAAAAAAAAAAGUGCGCGCUCCGGAAAAAAUGACGUCAUUCUACGUCACAAAUUAAAUGAGUAUUCAACCUUAAUAACUUGUUUGUUAGAUCGCCUUUGGCUGCGUACUUGAGAUUUUCGCGCCGAAUUUUUUUUUUUUUUGAUGUUCUGGGAACGCCGAGCGCCGCCCUAAAAAGCGAGAGAAAGAAGUCAAGAAAUUGAAGUUUUCAAAGAAGUGAACAAAAAGUUCAGGUGUGACCGAAUUGCGGCUCAAUCGUGUGGCUCAAUCGAAUGCUCCAAUGGAGGAGUCUGCUCAACGUUUUUCGAGAGCACCUCUCCUGUUUGCAUUUGUCCUCCAGGCUGGUCAGGCCUUGUCUGCAGGUUGGUGAAUGCAGAGAAAUCAAGAACGACUUUUCUCACCUAGAACUCCGUCCUGCGAAUCUUUCUGCUUCAACAAAGGAAACUGCAGCAUGUUCAACGAUUUUCCGAGCUGCGAGUGAGUGAAAAAAUCAUAAUUCAAAUAAUGAGGAGAGUUCAGGUGUGGUGGUGGAUUUUCCGGAGAAAGAUGCGAAUUCACGAGUCGCGACUAUGAACUUGAAAAAGCCUCUCAAGGGGUUACUUCAGGUGCGUUGUGUUGAAAUUAAGUUGAUACUCAGGAUUUCUAGAGUGGUCCCUGUAGGGGUUAGGGUAAAAAACAAUCCCUAUAGGGGACGAAAAUGUGGUCCCUAUAGGGGUGUAGGACCUGACCCCUUUGCCCUCAAAGGUCAAGUGAACCCUACAGGGGUCUUUCAAUUUCAUCCAAAAACGCUUAUUCAUUCAAUUUUUCCCAUGGGAACGCAGAGUUCAUAAAAAUUAUCGACUAGCAUAUCCCCUAUAAGCGCCACUAACUAAAACCCGUAUAGGGACCACUUUUGCAACCGUAAGUGGCCCCUCCAAGGGCUUCUAAGGUUGCCCCUAUGGGGACCACGAGUUUCUAAGUAACCCGAGAAUUUUAGGGACCUUCUGGCUCUUAGCCUUAGCGUUGGUGCUACUCUUGGGAUUCGUCGGAUACGGAUUCGCGGCGAAAAGGUGAAGAAAGCUGUGGAUCAUUUUUAGAUGAUGAUCUUUCAGAAUCGAUUUGAUAAGACAAUUCCGACAUCGGCCAAUGGAGAGCCAAGACGCCCCCGUGGAACACUUCUCCAAUCCAGCGUAUCUCUUGGAGGGCGAUGAGUUCACCCACGAGGUUCCUUCUGAAACUUCUUCUGAACGAGAUGAGAUUUGAAUUCAGAUGACGCAGUUCACGAACGCAUCCUACGAACAGGAAAUCUACAACGACACGACUGUCAACGGCGAAUCAACAGACCUCUUGCCACCUAUCCGAUAA